UCUCUCUCUCUCUCUCUCUUGCAGUAAAGUGUGAGCCUUUACCACAAUGUGGAGGAGGAGCCUCCAUAUGUGAGGGGGAGUGAGGGCGGGAACGCAAGAGGCAUAGAGAAACGGAGAAGCGGAAUGAGAGGAGAUGAAGCUUGUUCAGGAGCUGUUACAUUCUGAAAGCAUCACUAGCUUUUCUGGAGACCGGAAGCUUCUCAAUAUUACAAUGACACUGAGUUGUGGAUAUACAGUCAUGGUUCAUCUCAUGAGCUGCCCGAUCGAUAUCUGAAGUGGAGAAAUCGAUGCUGGCUGUUUCUGAGCAACACCUAUUGGGACAUACUGUGGACUUACCACUGCUCUCAACCAGAUGGUGCCAUGCUCUUCAUAUCUCAACAAGACUGGUUCAUUGCCUUUGGAGAGGUCAUGAUAGCUUUCUGAAUUUGAUUUUAGUCUUGACUCUUUGUACUUGCACAAGCUUUUAUGAUCUUUUGUAAUCAAAAUGUACUUCAUGUUCAUCAAAAUGUAUGACUUCUUGAGUCUGAUCCUCCUGAUAUUUCCUCUCAGUGCUGGUCUAGCUAUAAAACUUCUCAUAAGAGAUUUUAAAUCUCAUCACAUUGUGAUUCAGUUUCCGGAAAGAUUUGUGAGAUUUGCAGGAAAGUGCCUAGAGUCUAAGCACAAACUACAUCAGUGUCUCAUAAUUUAUGACCUUUUGCAGGGCUCUGGAACUUACCGUCUUAAAAUGUCAGAUCACGAGGACCUGACUAAAGCCAUGGGCCACUGGAACUCCUCCGAGAGCUACCAGCUCAACCCGGCCAGUGUCAUUGUGUCUGUGGUCUUCUCGCUCAUCUUCCUCUUAGGGACCAUUGGGAACAGUCUGGUACUGGCUGUGCUCCUCAGAAGUGGACAGGUUGGGUACAACACAACCAAUCUGUUCAUCCUCAACCUCAGUGUAGCCGAUUUCUUCUUCAUCAUCUUCUGUGUGCCUUUCCAAGCAACCAUCUACUCUCUGGAGGGUUGGGUUUUCGGGUCCUUCAUGUGCAAGGUGGUUCACUUCUUCAUCAACCUCACCAUGUAUGCUAGCAGUUUCACUUUGGCAGCGGUGUCUGUGGACAGGUAUCUGGCCAUUCGUUAUCCCUUGCGCUCCAGAGAACUGAGAACGCCGUGCAAUGCCGUAGUCGCAAUGGUUGUCAUCUGGGGCCUGUCGCUUGUGUUCGCCGGGCCUUAUUUGAGUUACUACGAUCUCAUUGAUUUCGAGAACAGCAAUGUGUGCGUACCUGGGUGGGAGGAGCAUAACCGUAAGGUUCUGGACACAUGCACCUUCAUUUUCGGCUAUGUUAUUCCUGUGCUCAUCGUGAGCCUUUCCUACACACGCACCAUCAAGUACCUCUGGACAGCGGUCGACCCCCUCGAUGGGAUGUCGGAGUCGAAAAGAGCCAAGCGCAAGGUCACCAAGAUGAUCAUCAUAGUCACAGUGCUCUUUUGCAUCUGCUGGCUACCGUACCACGUGGUCAUUUUGUGCUACCUCUAUGGAGACUUUCCCUUCAAUCAGACCACGUAUGCCUUCAGACUGCUGUCCCACUGCAUGGCCUACGCCAACUCCUGCCUCAACCCUAUUGUUUACGCCCUGGUGUCCAAACACUUUCGCAAGGGCUUCAAGAAGGUUUUCAGCUGCAUCCUCAGCAAAAAGGGACGAAAUAAGGUGCAUGUGGUCCAUGUGGCCAACACUGUCCCUGGCUUCGAAGCGGGCUCCACUGAAGUGUCUCAAAUGAACGAAGAGAACGCCAGACAGAAUGAGAGCGAGAUGGUAAACCGCCCACUCGCAGAGCCGCAGGACGCCACUAUGACUAUAACAUUACCCUUCCAGAAUCAGCCAUGAAAAUAAAGCACACGGCUAAUGAUGCCUUACAGAAGCCUUAUUAAAAAACUCAAACAGAGCCGGAGGAUUUCAGCAGCUUUGAUCGACAUCACAAUGGUUUUGCAUUGACUGAAUGAUCACAGUGGAGACCACAGUUAUUUAAGAUUCAAAUAGCUGUGCAAAUUGAAAUCGUACAUUCAGUUUGGUUCUCGUACAAAUGCAUCUUUGUGUUUUGCUUCGUUGUGUUGGUGCCAAUGCUAAACAAUGUCUUAUUAACAACCUCCUCUAUUUUUUAAGCAGCAUCGUCUGUUUGUUUUCUAUUGAAGUGUUACCCUCUGAGCAUGUUUCAAUUUAAUGCUGUGAUGACUAUUCUCCUGUGAAAAUUUGUUACAAAUUAUUGUGCGUAACACUUUAAUAUCUGAAGAGCCCAGUGUUUUUAUGUGAGCAAAGCUGUGAUUUCCUACUGUGCUUGAAGCUUUGAAGAGGACUCUUUGAUUAUGCUCCUCAGCUUUGCUUAACAAGCUCUUUAAAAAAAAUAUGCUUGCGUUAAGUACUGUAUGUAUUUGCUUUUACCUCUAAUAUUCUCUGCUCUUUUAGAAAGCCUGGAAAUUGUUUGAUUGUUGAGUUUUAUAUCAAUAACUAUAUUACAUAUUAUAAUACAAAAGCCCUAAAAAACAGGGUUAUAAAGAAAAUCUCAGAAUACAGGCAACAGUAAGAUGUAUGAUUCUUGUGCUGCAUUAAAGUAAUAUUCUGGAUUCAGUAAAACAAGUUAAGCUCAUCCGACAGCAUUAAUUGUAUAAUGUUGCUACAAAAUUUAAUUGUAAACGGUGCCUCCUUCUCUUUAAAAAUGCUAAUAAUGGGGAUAUAAAAUGUUAAAGGGGUCAUGACAUGGAUUUCUUACAUUUUUUUAAUGUGUUCCUUGAGGUUCACUUAUAAUAUUAAAAGUGAUUCUUUUCAACCUUCAUUUUGACCCUCUGUCUGAAAUUAUCUGUUUUUGAGGAGUGGCUCCUUUAAAACUUGUCAGUAUAUGGCCUCUGUUAUGAAUGGCUAACGUUGUAAUUGCAUAGGAAACAGUAUCAACAGCCAUCAUCAUUUACCUAUAAUUUGUGAUGUAGCUGCUGUCAGAUCCAAUAUAGCUGACUGCUUCAUCUGUCAACAAGUUUCUUUGCGAACUCUCCAUUAAACUGUGCCUCAUUUACAAAACAAAAUGCUCCGAACAAACAUAUAAUGCUCUGUAGUGUCAGAAACUGAUUGCGCAUCUGUAUACUGUAUCCAGUGUAGACAGCUUCAGUCAUUAUAAUCGGUAUACUAUUUGCUUUUGACACUGCAUCCUGUGUAGGCAAAUGUCAGCUGUUAAGUGACUGAAUGCCAGUGGGUGGGGCCUCUGGUGAGAUGAUGUAAAACUAUUCGUUAAUUUCUUGCUCUGGAGGCGGUCAUAUGCAAAUUCUUUGUCCGUGUGAAGUCACAGAUCCCGCAAUAUCAAAACGAGCUGUUUUUGGAGCCUGAAACGAGGAUGUUUUAAGCUAUGAAACUUGAAGGAUGUUUUAAUGGUUCAAAGACCUCUUAUAUGUCAACAUUUCAUGACAUGAUCCCUUUAAAAUAAUCACUGAUUCUGUGCAGACAUUUAUCCAAUUUUACAACAUUGUUGCCACGACCUUAAAAAUUAUGAAAACAUCUUUACAACUUUAACACAAAAAUGUUAAUGGAAUAAAGUUAUAAACUAUAUUAUUUUGUGGUAAUCGACAUUAUGCCACAAAUGUUGUCGACUGAGCUUAACUUGUACAGAUCCUGAAAUAUUUCCUUAUCUGUCUUCAGUUCAUUAAUUACGUAUAAUGUACUGUAGCUACAUAACAAGUGUUAUGUUGGAAGUUUUGAAUUUGAUGUUGACUGUGAAUUUCAAUAAAAAGUGCAUUAGUAUUC